AUGUCGACUUCGCUCAAAAUCAAGCUCGCCGUCGCAGCGCUCAAAUCCCGCCUCCCCAAACACAGCUCGGCAGCCCCUGCAACCCCUGCUGCCCCUGCCCCUGCGACGACCCACCACCUCACAAAGAUCGACCUCAGCAAGAAGCGAUCCAUUACAGCAUCGCUUCGCAGCCUCUUCACGGGACACUCCGUCCACAGUACUGCGAGCACAACAAGCACGCCUCCACGCGAAGCGAGCGUGGAACGCCAGCCAAGAGAUACUGCGACGGCUGCUACACCGACACCAGUCGAUUCGGCAACAGCGACAACAGUUGCUGUCCCGGUUACGACGGCAGAGGGAGGAGCUGCAGGAGGAACUUCAGAAGCAGCAGCAACCACACCGACCCCGGUUCCGGAGCCGACGCCAAGCCCGACGGUUGUACGCUCGAGCACGACCCGCGCCCGCGAGCUUUCGCCGGCGCAGGAGCAAGUCUACCCGCAGAGCCACGGGAAGUUCAUCGAAGAAGGCAUCGUCAGUCAAGAACACCUAGCAGAACCGAUCGUGAGUCAGCCUCAGGAGGCGCAUUCGUAUCCAGCUCCCGCCGCGACGACGACGACAGCAACGACCAGCAGCACGAGCGAGCCCCGGUCGUUGAAGAAGAAGCAGAGCAUGGGUGGGGAGACGACGAAGACGGUGCGCUUCAAGACCAAGACCAAGAUUUUGGCGGCUUGGACGGCGUUCAAGAUAAAGAUGAUGGUGUAG